GUCAGCACGAUGACCAGCGGCUGACCCUACCUGUGUAAAUAAUGUCCUAGUAGUUCUAGUGCCCUGUGUAGUCUUAUAAGAGUAUAGCGUGUUGUUAAAUAAUCACCACCUUAAAGAUACAGUAUGUGCGUGUAGAUCUUCCGGUUGUUCAUGGAUAAAGAUAGCGCUUAGUUUGUAUAUGAAAAAUCGGUUUAUUAAUCUCUUCUCCACUGGUCCUUUGUUCUGAAAAGAACCUGUAAACGCUACAGUAGUUUUAUUUUGAACUUAGAAGUCUGAGUUGCCUGGAGCUAAGGGGCGGCUUUAUAAAAGGAGCUGAGAGUCUGAUAAUCAAGUUUAAAGUUACCUUUUAAUCAAGUAGCAUAAACCAGAAUAUAACAAAAAUAAAAAAGUGGUGUUUCUAACUUCAAUUGCUGAACAAAUAUAAGCUUUUACAGGAAUGCUCAGUAGAAAGCUCAACCAACAGCUUAGAAAACCUGCUAAAUCUCUAACUGGAUGGAUACUGUCCAAGCUCUUCAUAUGGCACCACCGGGUCCUGGAAGAAAAUGCAGUGAAGUGUGUUGAGAUUCAGCCAGAUGACACGGUGCUGGAGUUGGGAUUUGGGCUCGGGCUGGGGCUCCAGGCUGCUGCUCCUCUCCUACGCGGUAGGGGAAAGCUGUUUGGGGUUGAUCAUUCUGAUUACAUGUUCCAAAAGGCCAGUGAAAGGAUGAGGGCUGAGAUUGAAUCUGGAAAGGUUACUCUCUUCAAUGGCAACAUCAUGGGCAUGCCCCUUCCUGACAGCAGUGUGGACAAGGUCUACCACUGCAACUGCUACUACUACUGGACCAACAUGGAGGCUGUGGCCUCGGAAGUCCACAGGGUGAUGAAACCAGGUGGUCUCAUGGUGACAACUCUCAGACAUUCUUCAAACAAGAAGGUAGCAUUAUUGAACGUUUUUCUUGAUGAGAACUGGAAACCCAAGGUCUACAUGGAGGCCCUGCGAGCCACUGGAUUCACUGAUGUUCGAAUGGAGAAUAAACAAGACAACAAAAUCACUUUCCAAGCAAUUUUUGCCACUGCUUCUAAAUGAUGCAUGCAAUUAAACAUUGCUUCUAUGAAUGCUUCUGUUCAUUUAAUAACUAAGCACCUAAUAGUUAGUUCUGUUAAGGUCUAAUACAUUUAUGCUGAUCGAAUUUGAAAUUGAAAAUGGAUUUGUGUGAUGAUUAUUAUCCCCAUAGAACAACAACCUCACUAGAAGAUGAAAUAAAA